CGGCCGCCCGCCACGCCAGUCGCCAACCCGCGCCGGCCAACAGCGCCCGCUAACGCCACCGCUCACAAUGAAGGAAAAGGGAAAAAACCUCAAAUCCGCCAAAAACAUGGACAAACUCAUCACAGCUGUCCAAGCCAGGGAAUGUCUCUGGGACAAGAGUUACAGAGGACAUCGGAAUCGGUUCAAACUGGAGCGGUAUUGGAAUGAAGUGGCGGCAGAAGUGGGCACGACUAGCAUAAACUGCAGAAAGAGAUGGAAAAACUUAAAGGACCAGUGCCGGAAGGAGAUCAAGAAAAACCCGAAGGACUCCGAAUGGCCGCACUUCCCGAAGCUGUGGUUCAUCCACAACCAGUUUCUGGCUGAAGAAGAAGAAGGCGAGGCUGAUGACACCAACGAUGAGGCUUUCACCGGACUGGAUGACUCUAUCAAGCGACCAAAACUCGGGUAUACGAUAAGGAAGAAAUUCCUAGUGAACAAAAGACGGUCGAUAGAGCUGAACACGCACAAGUUGAUCGAUCUGGUGCAAGCGAAAGAGAUCAUUUGGAACCGCCAGCUUAAAGGGCACCAUAAUUGGUAUAAGUUAGAUGAGAGCUGGAAAGAAAUUGCUGAGCAGUUGGGCGUUACUCGUGACGAGGCCCGUCUAAAAUGGAAGUACCUCCGAGACCAAGCCAGGAAGGAAUGUCGCAAACAGGACUCAGAGUGGGACCUCCUCCCCAAGCUACAGUUCCUCGUCAACCAGUUCAACGACUACGAGGGUAUGGAGAACGACUACGGACACGACAGCUACAGCGGAGACCUGCCUGAUGACGACCACGACGACCACCCUGACCCUGAGCCAGUCCACAGCAAUUUCUACCCAGAACCCACGCCACAAGCCAACCCUCUUGUUAAACCAGAUGAAGAAUUUGAUGAAUUUGAUACUAAACCUGUAAUAAUUGAGACAGAUUUCUAUGAUGAUGAUGACGAACCUCUCAAAUCUGCAGCUGCUACCAGUAAGUCUGAUCCACAGAAGGAUGAGGACGAAGGGUUUUUUAAUAGCCUCAUGCCGCAUAUUAAGAAACUGGGACCGGCUAAGAAGUUGAUGUUGAGGAUGAAGAUUCAAGAGCUCGUUUAUAAUACGGUUUAUAAUGUGACGUAACACUUAAUUGAAUAGGUGAAGAAACUGCAGAAGUGGGCUGAUCCCACUGGGGUAACAUUAGCAAUUCACAAUCCUUAAGUAACGUCGCCAUCGGUCUCUUGUCAAAUCUGACGUAACAUGUAUGGAUCUGACAGAUGUUUAACGACGCUGCUUAUGGAUUGUUAUAUUGCUAAUGUGUUGGUAGAGGUAUGCUGGCAGUAGGGUGGUUAUAUUAUGGCAAUAAUUAAUAUAUUUAACAGUAACAAUAAGUUGUAAAAUUUUACUCGUUUGGCGUGUAAUGUAAAUUUUUCAACUUAUUGUUUUAAGAAAAGGUUAUUACCAUAAGUAAAUCAUUUUCCUUUUCACCGACGAUAUGAAGUUGUAGAAAUUGUUUACAACAUGUGCAAUUCAAAAUAAUAAUUUGAUAUUCUCAUAUUGUGUGGAAAAUAUAACAUAAUAAUUUGAUCUCAAAAGGUUUCUUUUACAAAGGUUUUUUUAAAUAGAUACCUAUUAUUUAAUUUGAAACAAUAAAUGAUUAAAGCCUUUUUAAUACUUAUUUAAUACUUGGUUUAAUAACACUGUAUAGAUCCUACAUUACUUAUACGGUAAAAUAAAAGAGUAGUUAGGUUUUAAUUGUUAUUUAUAAACAUUCCAUGAUAAGAAAAGUUACGUGACCAGCAAAGUUUCUAUAAACAAGGAAAUUAUAUUAUUUCUUUCAGUUUUCAAAAGUCGUUGAACGAAAAUUCCCUUUCAGCUCACUAGCAUUUUUGUAACACCAUGUAGGUAUAUUAAGAUUAGGUGCUUUUAUAAUAUUUAUUAUUUUAUGAUAAAAGUAUUUAAUGAGAAACAGUAGACGUAUGAUAAUGAUCUCGUCAAUGUCCAAUAACAGUAUCAUCAACCUCCUCAAAAUAAACGAAAUUACAAAUAAAGUUAGUUCAAUGAAGCAAUAACUUAGGUGACCUAAAUUUAGUCGUUUUGAGUGCAGCCGAUGUUUUGAGUUGAAACCAUAAAUAUUUUGAUUUGUUGGCAAAGUUUUGGCGCCAAACGUGUUAACGGCAAACUACCCAAUCCUAUUAAAAGUGACUUGAAUUUGAUUA